CCGGCGAUGGUAAAACUCAUAAAGAAAAUGACCCACAGAGCCCUGCACACGCUUUAGGGCGGAGACAUGGACUCGCGCUAAACUAGUACUCGACUGAUCAGCUGACUCCUGUCGGAAUGUGCGCGUUUGGGCUGUGAUUAUGUUUGUAUACACGAUACAGGUUUUUAUUGAUACUUGCUCCGUGAUCUAUAUCGAGGUUGUUUUAUUGUUUAGAUACCGGUCUGAGAGUUAAUGCGCUUUCACGUGGGGAAAACCCACAAGUUUUGGUUUCUCUGUUUAUGACUUGGGAUUGAAGGCGUGUGGAUAAAGUCGAAUGAAAUCCACUUCCGGGAAGUCUUUACCAAAAAGUAACCACCUUUAUGAGAAGAACAGGAGUUUUUCCAUCUUUCAUCAGUAACUGGUGAAGAGUUUCCAGCCAAUCUCUGUCAGAACAAACCUGAUGGCUGUUGCAUCAUGCAGUCUGGAGAUCCAAAGACGCCGUGUGGAGCUGGUGGAGAACUGGAGCAAACGCUUGAACCCUCUCCUGGAGCGCCUCUUCGAAAUGGGGGCUGUGACCGAAGAGGACCUCAGUUUUAUAAAAGGUGGUGGACUUUUAGGUGAACGAGACUGUAUGAGGACGCUGCUGGAUGUCCUGCAGGGACGAGGAGAGGAACCGUGUCAAGCAUUUCUGAUCCUGUUGUCCAAAUUCGAAGCUUCUAACUUCAUUCGAACCACAAACCUGAGUGUAAAAGAUCCUGUGAGUGACCAUCUCCAAAGACACAAGGAUAUCUUGGCCAGGCAACACACACCAGGAAAUUAUCUCGGAUCAACAUGUGGACUUUCCAAGGUAGACUGGUUCACGGACAUUACGUUUUCUAAGCAGACAGGACGCCAAGUGCCAGUUCAUUUCCAGCAUGAGACAUCAGUUGUCGGGGAUGCCUUUAGGGCAGGGAGGGCCGAGGCAAGAGGGCAAGGAGAGACUUGUUCUUAUAACGACAUCUAUCAGAGCUUGCUCGCUAACUCACGGGGUGGUGUAGCCUUGCUGUCUGGGGUCGCAGGUAGUGGCAAAACCACAGUGAUCAAAUGGUUAGUCCAGGAAUGGGCUGCAGAUGCAGACACACAAAAAAUUAUCUUACCCCUGGCUUUUCGUGAACUUGGCCUAAUUACUGAACCCCAGAGCCUCCAGGUUUUGCUCUCUGAUCAUUACAGUCAUCUGAAGCCAAUUCUGCCAGAAUUAAUGACCUCAAAGCAAGGCCAGCUUCUGCUUAUUCUGGAUGGGCUUGAUGAGUUCUGUUUCCCCUUGGACUUUGGACACACCCCUAAAUGUUCAGACCCUGAGCGGGAGCUAUCAGUAGGAGCCAUGGUAGUGAAUCUAAUAAAAAGGAUCCUGUUGCCAGAUAUCGCUCUUCUCCUCACGUCCCGUCCUCAUGCUGUAACAAAAGUCCCACAGCUGCUGGUCAACCAGUUCUACAGUGUGUUGGGGUUCUCCCCAGCUCAACAACGGCAGUACUUUGAGCGAAGCUGUAGCUCCAGCCAGAUCGCUGCUACCAUGUGGGGAUUUGUGUCUUCACACAAACCCCUUCAGCUUAUGUGUCACAUCCCUGCCUUCUGCUGGAUUGUGUCUACUGCCUUGCACAAUGGCACUUCCUGCCUCUUUUCUGACACCAUACCACAGGGUGGUGGCUCACAAACAAGUGCAAAUGAAGCAGUAAGAGAAGAUCAGUGUGAUGCCUCAUCUGAACCUAAUACAGUGAUAAAGAAGAGUCAUGUCCUUGGGUCCAGGCCAGCCACAAUCACUGAGAUCUACUGCUGCUUUUUGAAAACCAUACUGCUCUUCCAUGUAGGUGGGUGUGUGGAGGGCAUGCAUCUCAACAGGCUCCAGGAUGCUCCUCAUGUCCUCAAGGAGACAAAAGCAAAGCUUCGAUGUUUGGGAGCCCUGGCCUUCAAAGGCCUGCUGGAGAGGCGAUUUGUUUUCGACUCCUCAGACCUGGCCUCUUUCUCUCUAGACUGCAACGAGCUCUUGCGUGCCUUUUUGGUGGAGAUCCUUAAAGAGGACAGAUCUUCUCUAACCUAUGAGAAGAACUUUCAGUUUAUUCAUACCAGUGUGCAAGAGUUCCUAGCUGCACUUUUUUAUGUUCUGGAGUCAUUGUCAGGUUCAGAUCCCUUCACAGGACUUAAGCCAAACGUGAGACUGCUUGCUCCAGCAAUGCGCACACAACUAAUGUCUGUUAUUAGUAAAUUACAUCGACCACAGCAUCUUUUGCGAAGACGUAUUAAGAAAGCACUCCACUGGGGGGAACGCCAUCAGUCUGGGCACCUGGAUCUCUUCUGCAGGUUUGUAUCUGGCUUGCUAGUCCCCAAGACUCGCUUUAUCUUGAAUGGCCUUUUCUGUGAUGAACCAAGGUCUUAUCUGGCCUUGUGUGUGCCCUUGCCUUAUGCUGCUCCUCCUCCAUUUGUGCUGCAGUUGCUCCACUCGCAGCUUCACAGCCCCAGUCUGAGUCCCGAGAGGCAGCUGAAUGUGUGCCACUGCCUUUAUGAGGCUCAGGACCCUGGGCUGCCGAAGCGACUGCAGGCCUGGCUAAAGUUGCUCUCUGAGGAGGGUAUGGGUCAGUGUACCUUAACUAACAAGGACUGGAGUGAGCUAGCGUUCCUGCUGCAGCUGAGUCCGGCCCUGCAGGUGCUCAGUUUGGAUGCGCAGGGGCUCAGUGCAGAAGGACUACGCAGACUCCUGCCUGUGCUUCCCCUCUUCUCUACCCUCAGGCUUGCACAAAAUCCUCUUGGUCCAGAAGGGGCAGAAGUGUUGUCUCUUGCUCUGCAGAGCCCUGACUGUCAAAUUGAGAAACUGUGGGUGGUAUCGACGGGUCUGGGCUGUGAGGGAGUCAGGAUCCUAGCAGAGGGACUUAAAAAGAACCACACAGUGUAUGACCUCAGAAUGGCAAUUAAUAAGAUUGGUGACAUUGGAGCUGCCGCACUUGCUGAAUUAUUGAAGGUGAAUUGUACUCUGAAAGAUAUCAGACUUCGGGACAAUUUAGUGACCGAUAAAGGGGCAGAACUCCUCAAGGCAGCCCUUAUGGAGAACAACACCUUAGAGUAUCUCUGGUUGUUUGACAACAAAUUUUCCAAGGAAGGUGUACGGCAGCUUAAGGAAUUUUCAAAGAACAGACCCAACCUUGACAUCAAGGUCUGCUACUGAUCCUCAGUUAACAAGUAAUUACAGAUUAAAGACAUCCUAUUAGUAAAAAGUAAUGGUUCAGACUCAGGAUACUUCUAGCUUGCUCUUAACUAGGAUUGUUCUGCAUGGACAUGAGCUCUACAAGAUGCUGGAUGUGCUGGACAGGUACUGUACAUUUGGAUAGUGUUGCUUUCUUCUUCAUCCCAAAACUGCAUGAAAACUUUGGUAUGAGACUGGAACCUGCACUUUAUGUACCUGGAACCAUUCAUUAAUGACACAGGGCUUGCAACAUGGUGCAUUAUCAUCCUGACGCUGUUGAUGAACUGUAGCCAUGAAAAGAUUAACUUGGCCAGUGAUGAAGUUGACAUACACUGUACCUUACAGAUGUUCAGUAGGUGCUAUGAACGAUGAUCAGAUGUACCAGGAAGAGCUCUAUGUAUUUUUGUUUCUUGAGCCAAACUUGCUCUUCCAUGUGAAACAUGGAUUUGUCCAACCCAAGUAUCUUUUCCACUCAUCAGCAGUCUGGCUUUGACCUAGUGGCAACUGUUAUGUCAUGUUAAAAGACACUAAAGUCAUUUCAAAGCUUCACUAAACACCAACUGAUGCUGCUUGGAAUGCCCAGUGUACAAGAGUGUGAACUGUACCAGUUUCAGUAUCUGAUAGUGUUACUGUGCCAUGGAUAUUCACUCAAUCUUACAGAGAAUGUGUGUCCGUAGCAAAAAGUAAGAGUUUUUUUAUUGCAUUUUACAAUAGCUAAGUCUUCCCCGAGCCUAAGCUUUAAGUACUCAUAGCUCUUCAUCCAAGUUGGAUCAUUCAUUUAUUCAUCUUCAGGAACUGCUUUAUCUUGGUCAAGGUCAUGUUGGAUCCAGAGCCUAUCCCAGGAAUGCUCCAAUACACUCUGGAUGGGACGCCAGUCCAACAUUCUUGUGAAUUUGAAAUUGCAUGACCGUUGAUGUCAUUAUCGCAAUAAUUAAAUUCCGGUAUUGAAUUCUGAAAUGUCAGCCUGCAAAGACGUCUCCUUUGGUCUGACAGAUAACAUCUACUUUCACAAUUAUGUGUUUUUUACAUUACUGUUAAAAAUGGACAAAUGCUCAGGGAUGGUUUUGGAUCAUUUUCUGAGUCUGUGUGUUUGCGUAUGUAUACUGAAUGCAAAGAAGAAAAGAAACCGUAAAGUGUGUACUGUCAUGCCAAUACUGAAGUCAGUAGAAAGGAAUGACUGAUUAGGAAACAUGCUUCGUUUUCCAUGCCCAUUCACUCAAACUUCUGUAAAAAGAAAGAUAUUUACAACAAGCUGUUCAGAUUUUUCUUUUUUUUUUAAUGUUUACACUGACCGCAUUUUGCAUGAUACAGUAAAACUGUAAUGCAAUUGUUUUAUUUAUUUUUUUGUACAUUAUUAAAAUGAGCACUUAAAUGUAUGUGUAAAAGAGCAGUUUAUUAUUAAAAUCAGCGCUGAUGUAUGCAGGCCUUUGAUUGGACUGGUGCAUUUGUGUGUAAUCUCAGUAUUGCCAUCAUUCUUUCCCAUUGAGCAUCUCUAUAAACACCGAAGCUGCAAAAA